CGAAACUGGUAGUUAGUGGAGUGCAGCAAAGAAUCAGUUCAUCUGGUAAAAAAGAAUAUAGUAAACAAAACGUAGAAAAGGCUGCAUGCUGACGACAAUGCCAUGGCUGCCACUAAAACAUUCUCUGCUCGCUGUAAUCCAUGAUACUAAUUUAAACAAUCCAGUCCAUAAAUAUAUGUUAAUACAACUUAUAUAUAAAACUAAAGUGCCUCCAAGUUCUUGAUUGUCGCUUUUACCAAUAGACCAAUAGACUUGAACCUUUUACUUCUAGACCCUAAAAUUAAUUGGUUUCAAGUUCCAGAAAGCAAUGUCAUCUUCUAUGAUUGUCUUUUUGAUCCUAGCUAUGCUACUAAACACAGGGGUUGGUGUCAACUUCACCGAAGUUUUCGAGUCGAGUUGGGCACCUGACCAUAUUACUGUGGUAGGAGAUCAAGUUAUGCUCACCCUUGACAAUGCUUCAGGCUGCGGGUUUCAGUCGAAGAACAAAUAUUUGUUCGGGAAAGCCAGCGUGCAGAUCAAACUAGUUGGAGGAGAUUCAGCUGGAACAGUCAUUGCUUUUUACAUGUCAUCAGAGGGAGCUAAUCACGACGAACUGGACUUUGAGUUUCUUGGGAAUGUUUCAGGAGAACCAUACCUAGUACAAACAAAUGUGUAUGCGAAUGGCACCGGAGACAGAGAGCAGAGGCAUAGUCUUUGGUUCGAUCCAACUGCGGAUUUCCACACUUACUCUUUCUUUUGGAAUCAUCAUACCAUCAUCUUUUCAGUUGAUGACAUUCCUAUUAGAGUGUUCAAAAACACAGAGAACAAAGGCGUGGCAUACCCGAAAAAUCAAGGCAUGGGAAUUUAUGGAUCGUUGUGGAAUGCAGAUGAUUGGGCUACACAAGGAGGGAGAGUGAAGACCAACUGGAGCCACUCUCCAUUUGUUGCAACAUUUCGAGCGUUCCAGAUUGACGCUUGUGAUUUGUCUGGUGAGGACACAGUUGCUGCUGGUGCAAAAUGCAGCAAGUUAGCAGAAUGCUGGUGGGAUAAGCCAGCCAUGAAGGAGCUGAACAAGAGCAAAAAGCGCCAAUUCAAAAUGGUUCAAUCUAAGCACUUGGUCUAUGAUUAUUGUAAGGAUACUGCAAGAUUCACUCAAAUGCCUAAAGAAUGCUUGGACUAGACCAACAAUUCAGACAGUUCGCCGAGCAACAUGUUAUUCAAUGUCUAAAUAUAUUUAUGUCUCGCACAAUUUUACUUCUCCAAAUUUGUUGGUCCAAUUUGCUGAUUUUUUUUUUUUUUUUUUUUUGGCUUGUUAUGCUAUCUAGUUCGAUGUGUUAUGGAUUUUAGAAAAAUAUACAAGCAGCAAGAAGGU